ACACAGCAGCCAACAUGCCCACCAACAAUGUUGUGGACCAGCGCAUCUCCAAGUUUAAAAACAAGGGGAAAGAUUUAGCAAAACUCAGAGAGAAGCGGAUCAGUGAGUGUGUUGAGCUGCGCAAAGCUCAGAAGAAUGAGAACUUCCUUAAGAGGAGAAACAUCACACUGUCUUCUCUUCCUGAUGAGGAGGCCCUCUCACCUGAAAACGACACGGUGAGCUACAGGAUUGAGGAUAUAAUCCGAGACGUGAACAGCAAGGACCGGGAAGCCCAAACCAGAGGCUGUCAGGCAGCCAGGAAGCUGCUCUCAAAGGGCCGUGAUCCUCCCCUAAAGGAGAUCAUUGAUGCUGGUCUACUUUCUCCGUUUGUAUCUUUCCUGGCGAUGGAUGAUGAGCCGACGCUGCAGUUUGAAGCAGCCUGGGCUCUCACAAACAUCGCCUCUGGAACAUCCUGGCACACACAGCAGGUGGUGGAACAUGGAGCUGUUCCAGCUUUUAUCAACUUGUUGGCUUCACCAGUUUUGCACAUCAGUGAACAGGCAGUCUGGGCCCUGGGAAACAUUGCAGGUGAUGGAGCAGCGUAUAGAGAUAUCCUCAUCGAGUGCAAUGUUAUCCCGGCACUGCUGGCACGCAUCUGCCCAGACACACCAGUUGGCUACGUGCGGAACCUCACUUGGACGUUGUCAAACUUAUGCCGAAACAAGAACCCUUGUCCACCACUGUCUGCAGUUCAGCAGAUGCUUCCAGCUCUUAUCCAGCUGCUCCACCUUAGUGACAAAGACAUAUUGUCUGAUGCAUGCUGGGCAAUCUCUUAUCUCUCAGAUGGCAGUAAUGAUCGUAUUGAUGUAGUCGUGAAGACUGGCAUCGUCCCACGACUCGUGCAACUUAUGAACAGCAAGGAGCUCAGCAUUGUGACCCCAGCGCUUCGCUCCAUUGGAAACAUAGUGAGCGGCUCUAACCUGCACACCCAGAUGGCCAUAGACGCUGGUGCUCUUAAUGUCCUACCAAAUUUGCUGAGGCACCCAAAACCCACUGUGCAGAAGGAGGCAGCAUGGGCUUUGUCAAACAUUGCAGCAGGACCGUGUAAGCAAAUCCAGCAGCUCAUCACUUGUGGCCUGCUUCCUCCUCUUGUAGAAGUGCUCAGAAAUGGUGACUUCAAGACUCAAAAGGAAGCUGUUUGGGCAGUGACUAACUUUACCAGUGGGGGCACUGUAGAGCAGGUGGUCAAGCUGGUGCAGAGUGGAGCCUUGGAAGCCAUAAUCAACCUACUACAGGUCAAGGAUGCCAAAGUCAUCCUGGUCCUACUGGAAGCUGUCAACAACAUAUUCAUGGCUGCAGAGAAGCUUGGAGAAACCGAAAAGCUUUGUCUGUUGAUAGAAGAGCUGGGAGGACUGGAACGGCUUGAGGUGCUGCAGAACCAUCCCAAUGAGAUGGUGUACCAGGCUGCACAUGACCUCAUCCAGAAGUACUUCAACGAUGAUGAUGUUGAGGAAGUCCAGGUUGAUGCAACACAGAAUCUAUUUCAGACUUCUGAUGUAAAGAAAACCUUUGAAUUUUAAAUUCUUUUUGAUAAAUUUGAAAAAGUAAAUAAAGUUGUGCAUAUAAAC